GCCGGUUCCAGCAUGGCGCGGAGCGGGCGGCUCCGUUCGGGCGCCGCUGCCAAGCUGAAGCGGUGGCGGAAGGGCCACAGCAGCGAUUGCAACCCUGAGACUCGCCAGCACCGUCUGGCUGCCCGCAGCCGCUUCUUCAGCCGGCCCGCGGAGAAAAGCAACUUGACAGUGGAUGCUGUGAAGCUGCACAAUGAGCUGCAGUCAGGGUCCCUGCGUUUGGAGCGAACAAGUGAUAACACUCAGCUCCAUGUGGAAGAGGAUAAUGCUAUGGAGGCCACCACAGAGAAGUCCUCUGGCACCUUCCUGAGCGGGCUGAGCGACUGUACCAACAUCACCUUCAGCAAGGUGCAGCGCUUCUGGGAAUCCAACUCUGCUGCUCACAAAGAGAUCUGUGCUGUGCUGGCAGCUGUGACAGAGGUGAUCCGCUCCCGGGGGGGCAAGGAGAGUGAGACAGAGUACUUUGCUGCACUGAUGACAACGCUGGAAGCAGUGGAGUCCCCAGAGUCUCUGUCUGCUGUUGCCUACCUGCUUAACCUUGUCCUAAAGCGUGUUCCAAGCCCUGUGCUUAUUAAAAAGUUCUCAGAUGCCUCAAAAGCCUUCAUGAGUAUCAUGUCCUCGCAGGCCUGCAGCAGCUCCACCUCUGCUCUGCGAUGGGUCCUCUCUUGCCUGGCCACACUGCUGCGGAAGCAGGACUUGGCAGCCUGGAGCUAUCCUGUCACACUCCAGGUCUACCAUGGCUUGCUGAGCUUCAGUGUUCAUACUAAGCCCAAGGUGCGGAAAGCGGCGCAGCAUGGUGUGUGCUCUGUCCUGAGAGGCAGCGAGUUCAUGUUUGGAGAUGCAGCCCCUGACCAUCACCCUGCAGCACCCUCCACUGCCAAGUUCUGUGUGCAGGAGAUUGAAAAAGCUGGAGGUGCCAAGGAGGCAACCACGACCCUGCAUGUCCUCACCCUGCUGCAAGACCUUCUGCCCUGCUUCCCUGCAGCUGUGGUGAAGACCUGCUGUGAGACCUUGCUCCGAGUCAUGACCCUCAGCCAUGUACUGGUGACAGCGUGUGCCAUGCAAGCCUUCCACAGCCUCUUCAGUGCCCAGGCCAGUGUGGCCUGCCUGCCAGCUGAGCUCAAUGCCCAGAUCAUCACUGCCCUCUACGACUAUGUGCCCAGCACAAAUGACCUGCAGCCACUGCUGACCUGGCUGUCCACCAUGGAGCGGGCACACAUCAACCUGGGCAGGCUGCAGAAGGACCUCUGCUGGGCUCACUUGCCUCGGUUCUUCUCUGCUGCCAUGAACUGCUUCCUCUCCCCACAUUCUCAGGUGGUGGUGGAUGCAGCACAGACCCUGGAGAACCUCUUGAGUGAGUGUGUUGCUCCCAACAUGGAGGAUGUGGGCACUAUCUCUGCAUCUGCCCCAGCUCCUGCUGCCUACCUGUGCAAGAUGUUCAGAUCAGUGGAAGAAGGCCUGACAUACCGUUUCCACGCAGCAUGGGACAAGGUGUUGCGGGUGCUGGAGGUGUUCUUUAAGACGUGUGGGAAGCAGUGCUACCCCAUCAUGAGGAAGUGUCUCCAGUCCCUGUGUGACCUGCGUCUCUCCCCUCAUUUCCCCUACACUGCCCAAGUUGACCAAGCAGUGGGGGCUGCCGUGAGCACAAUGGGCCCUGAGGUGCUGCUAGAAGCUGUGCCCCUGGGGAUCGAUGGCAAGGAGUUGACGCUGGACUUCCCCCGCAGCUGGAUGCUACCAGUGCUGCGAGACUAUGUGCAGGGUGCACGACUUGGCUUUUUCACCAGCUACUUCUUGCCCUUGGCAGCUACCCUGAAAAGCAGAGCCUUGGAGUUUACCCAGGCUGGGAAGAGCAUGGAAGCCAAGAUUUAUGACACACUGCAGUGGCAGGUGUGGACCCUACUGCCUGGCUUCUGCAUUCACCCAGUGGAUGUGCUGGAGGCCUUCAAGGGCCUGGCCCGCACACUGGGCAUGGCCAUCAGCGAGCGCCCAGAUCUCCGCCCCACGGUGUGCCAGGCCUUGCGCACCCUCAUCCACAAAGGCUGCCAGACAGAUGCCGAGCGGGCAGAAGUAGGUCGCUUUGCCAAAAACUUCCUGCCCAUCCUGUUCAAUGUGUACAGCCAACCCGAGGAGGACAGGGGCAGCAGCGCGCAGCGCCGCUCCGUGCUGGACACUGUCCGUGCUUACUUGACCAUCACUGAUCCCCAGAUGGUGUGUGGGUUCCUGCAGAAAGCCAGCUCAAAGCUGACCAGUCCUGAAAGCACUGAGUUUGCCAGACUCUCCAUCCUGGACCUGGUGGUGGCAAUGGCACCCUAUGCUGAUGAGCAGUCACUGGACUCUCUGUACUGCACCAUUCGGCCUUCCCUCCAGAGCAAGGAGCACAGCACGCAGAAAAAGGCGUACCGAGUGCUGGAGGAGGUGUGUGCUGCCCCCUAUCCCCCCUGCCAGGCCUUCGUCCGCUCCCACCUGCAGGAUCUGCAGACAGUGCUGCUGGAGUCGCUCAAGAGUGCAGCAUCCCCAGCCAAGAGGCCCCGACUGAAGUGCCUGUUCCACAUCGUGAAGCAGCUCUCUGCAGAGCACGAGCCCUUCAUCACCGCCCUAGUCCCAGAGGUCAUUCUGUGCACCAAGGAAGUGUCAGUGGGUGCCCGUAAGAAUGCCUUCCUGCUGCUCGUAGAGAUGGGGCAUGCCUUCAUCCGCUUUGGACCUACUCCCCAAGAGGCCAUGGAGCGAUUCCUGCUUCUGGUCUACGUGGGGCUCACUGGCUCAGUAACCAUGAUCAGCUGCACGGUGCUGGCACUGACUUGCCUGUUCUUUGAAUUCAAAGAUCACAUGGAGCUGAGUGUGGUAGAGCAGCUCCUGAAGAAUGUCUGCCUGCUGCUGGCCUCCCGCACACGGGACGUGGUAAAGGCAGCCUUGGGCUUCCUCAAAGUCACACUGCUGCUGGUGGACACCAAACUGCUGGCCAAACACAUCGAGGCAAUGUUGGAGGCCUUGGGGAACCUUUCUGAUGACAUGAGACGCCACUUCCGUAUGAAGCUGCGAAACCUCUUCAUCAAGUUCAUCCGCAAGUUUGGCUUUGAGCUGGUGAAGAGCCUGCUGCCAGCUGAGUACCACAAGGUGCUGGUGAAUAUCCGCAAGGCAGAAGCCCGGAGCCACAAGCAACGUGCCCUGAGGCAGGCAGCUGCAGAUACCGGCAAAAAGGAGGCACCACCAAAGCAGCCCAGAGGAGACAGCAUGGAGGAGGUUCUGGCUGACUCAGAGGAUGAGGAGGAGGAAGAGGAAGAACGGCAGCGGAGCAAGGAGUGGAGGAAGCAAGGACGGCAGAAGGGCCAGGCCUGGCUGAAGGAAGGGGAAGACGAUGAGCCCCUCAACUUCUUGGACCCCAAUGUGUCUCAGCGGGUGCUGGCCACCAAGCCAGGCCCCAAGCGGUCCAGAGGAGUGAGCCAUGACUUCCAGGUGUCUGAGGAUGGGCGCCUGAUCAUCCAUGAAGAGGAGGAGGUGGAUGAUGAUGAAGCCAAAGGAGUGGACAAGGAGAUGGCAGAUGUGCUGCAAGAUAUGGGUCUCCGCAGUAAGAAAAGCCAGAAGCGUCGGUUCAGAGAGGAGCCAGAUGACGAGGAACCUGAAGCCGGGACCCACUCUCAGUACAGAGCUGGAGGCUCUGGGAUCCACCGGCAGCUGGACAAGGAGCCAGCCUUUGGUGCAGAGUACAGAUCCAAGAAAGGUAAAGGUGACGUGAAGAAGAAGGGCCAGCUUGACCCCUAUGCCUACAUCCCCCUGAACAGAGCUCGACUCAACAGAAGGAAGCGAGCAAAAAUGCAGGGCCAGUUCAAGGGCCUGAUGAAGGGAGCCCAGCGUGGUGCCAAGGCUGGCCACAGAAGCCGUCGGAAAGCUCAGCGCCCCUGAGGAGCCGCAGGUGUAUGGCCUGCACCUGCCCAGGGACAGACAACAUGCUGUGGUGCCUGGGCACUGCGGGGCAGGGGCCUCAUGAGUGGAGCAGCAGGGACUCCUGUGCAGAAGGUGGCCUGUGGCUGUUUGGGAAGCCACCCUAUUGUGUUAUGGACUUAUUGCCCAAGCCCUGCCCUCCUGUGCCUGCAGCAAGGUGGAGGGUUACGUGGCACAGGUGUGUGUGUGACAGCAAGUAACGGGUAAUGAAUUCUUUAUAUUGAUAAACACCCACUGGUCUUACCCAGCCCAGAUUCCUCCUCUCCUCGUAAGAGCUGGGCACACUGUGUCUGUUGUGCUCUGCCUGCUGCCCUGGUGACACAGGUGCUGCUGCUGCUGCAGCACUGCACUCCACAGGCACACGCCUGCAUCAGCCUGGGAGCUGAGGCUCCACUGAGGGUGCAGAGCAGUGAGGCAAUGCCCAUGACCUGUGCCCUCCUGACACAUGUGCAGUCGGGUUGAAUUAUGGAGUUGGACAAAGAAAGAAGCCAGAAGUGAAGUCCUCUGCUUAUGA